UCUCUCUCUCUCUCCUCAUCUCUUUUUUGUGGUAUUUUGGUUUCAAAUUCUAAUGGCAUUUGUUGGUCUCUCAACGCUCCCCAUAUUUCAGCAUACUAGGAUUUUCCCUCCUAAAUACCUUUCUAAUUCAAAUAAACCUUCCAUUUUCGCGCAAUUUUCCAACGGUUCUUCCCCCUCUGCCACCAACGGUCUCUCUCCUUCGAUUCCAGGCAGAUCUGAGGCAGAUGUUGUAGUCAUUGGGAGUGGCAUUGGAGGACUAUGCUGUGCAGGACUUCUAGCAAGAUAUGAGCAAGAUGUUCUUGUGUUAGAAAGUCAUGACCAACCUGGGGGUGCUGCUCAUUCUUUUGAGGUUAAAGGCUAUAAGUUUGACUCUGGGCCUUCUUUAUUUUCUGGAUUUCAAUCAAGAGGUCUCCAGGCAAAUCCACUUGCACAAGUGUUGGAUGCCCUUGGUGAAACGAUACCCUGUGCGAAGUAUGAUUCAUGGAUGGUUUAUGUACCUGAAGGGGAUUUUUUGUCUCGAAUUGGGCCCACAGAGUUUUAUAAGGACCUCGAGAAGUAUGCAGGUGCUAAUGCAGUUCAGGAGUGGAAAAAGCUUCUUGAUGCCAUAUUACCUCUGUCUGCAGCAGCAAUGGCUCUCCCUCCCCUGUCCAUUAGAGGUGAUCUGGGUGUUAUAUCAACUGCUGGAGCUAGGUAUGGUCCUUCAUUAUUGCAGUCUUUUGCCAAGAUGGGACCUCAAGGAGCUUUGGGUGCUACAAAGCUUCUCCGACCUUUUUCUGACAUAGUGGAUUCACUGGGGCUGAAAGAUCCUUUUGUACGGAACUGGGUGGAUCUGCUAGCUUUUCUUCUGGCAGGUGUCAAAUCUAACGGUAUACUCUCAGCAGAGAUGAUUUACAUGUUUGCCGAGUGGUACAAGCCAGGAUGUGUUCUUGAGUACCCUAUGCAUGGAAGUGGGGCGGUUGUUGAGGCCUUGAUUCGUGGAAUUCAAAAGUUUGGUGGAAGGAUCUCCCUCCGGUCUCAUGUUGAGAAUAUCAUUGUUGAAAAUGGACGAGCAGUUGGCGUUAGACUCAGAAGUGGUCAAUUUGUACGAGCAAAGAAGGCAGUUGUCAGUAAUGCGUCAAUGUGGGACACCUUGAGUUUGUUACCAUUGGAAUCUCUACCUAAGACAUACCAGGAGAGAAUUAGAUCAACUCCGCAAUGUGAAUCUUUCAUGCAUCUCCAUUUGGGUUUUGAUGCAGAGGGAUCACGUGAAGACUUGGAUAUUCACCAUAUUGUUGUGAAUGAUUGGAAGAGAGGAGUUGAUGCAGAUCAGAAUGUCGUUUUGUUAUCAAUUCCCACUGUUCUCAGUCCAGAUUUAGCCCCCCCUGGUAAGCAUGUACUACAUGCAUAUACUCCAGGAACGGAGCCUUUUGAAAUCUGGGAAGGGCUUGAUCGUAGAAGUGAUGAAUACAAAAGGCUCAAGGAUGAAAGAGCCGAGGUAAUGUGGAGGGCCGUAGAGCGAGCUCUUGGUCCAGGUUUCGACCGGGAAAAAUGUGAAGUGAAAUUGGUUGGGACGCCAUUAACACAUCAAAGGUUUCUCCGAAGAAAUAGAGGAACAUAUGGUCCAGCUAUUCAAGCUGGGAAAGGCACUUUUCCUGGGCAUACAACUCCUAUUCCACAACUAUACUGCUGCGGGGAUUCUACGUUCCCAGGUAUUGGAGUUCCUGCAGUUGCUGCAAGUGGAGCCAUUGUUGCUAAUUCUCUUGUUUCUGUUUCUCAGCACUCUCAACUACUUGAUGCGAUUGGUAUAUAAUAUGAUUCACAGCAGUUAGAUUAUUUAUAACAAUUCUGUGGUAAUAUAUAAUGUUCUUUUGAGGGAAUAUCUAUAAUGUUUCUAGCUAGUACAUUUAUCCUCCAUAUCCAUACCAAUGUUUUGAAGGUUAUAUAACCAUGUAAUGAACUACAAAGUACACAAUACAAGCUCCAAAGUAUUUCACACAA